AUGAAUUUAAAAAAUAGUCCAGCGUCUCAGCUCAGAUCAUUUACAUUGAGCAUGCCUUCAUACCUGGGGAUGAAAAAUAAGCUAGAUUUAGAAGUAAGCUCUGCGAAAUCAAUUAUUCCUUCAUCCAGAAGGUCGUCAGGAAUUCUUAGUCCUUCUACAAGUGCCACAACGAGGCCGAGAAUUCAGAGUUUUGAUAUUUCACUUAUUCAAGGAUUUGAAGAUGGACAGCCCAGGACUCAUAAUUAUAUUAAUUAAUUUAAAUAACUUUUUCCCGUCUUGUAGUUACUUCAGCACACAUAUAGGCUUUCAUUAAGGCUCGCUCUUAUUCCUCUUGGGCAGAGGUCCAUGUGCAACAUCCGAAUCCUAAAUUUAUAGAGAAAAUGAAUUUGCGGAGAGAAUUAUCUAUUUAUCCGAAGCCAUUUAUUAUUCUACAGCCAAGGACUCAAAUCCUUCCGUUUAUGACUCCCGCUAAAGCAUUAUACUCGUUUAUGCAAAUCUGAUUAUUUUAUAUUAAUUAUCAGUCUAAUUUAUUAUGAGAAAGAUUAUUGGCUUUGUGAAUAGCAAUAAUAUAAGCAAUUUAUAGCGGUAUAGAUUAUUUACCCUUUAUCUAUGCUCAGAAUGGUUACGAAAAGACAAAUGAAUUGAUCAAAAAGUCUUUUGGACGCAAAAGUGACGCUUCUUUGCCUCUUAUCCGAAAAGAAUCAUGCUUAGACAUGCUGGCAGGGAUCAGGGAAAGUCGAGCGAAAAACAGACCGAACAAAGAAAUUUUAACCCACAAAAACAAAUCUUUGGAUUUGUCUUAG